CUGCGGGAGGGUCUAAAUUACAGGAAGCAAAAGCAAUCGGCAUUUGUUUUGGUUUUGUUUUUAACACUUCGAACAUUGUUUUCUUGCGGGCGACACGAAACUGACAUUGAAAGCAAGCAACUGAACUUUGAGUCUGCUCAGGAGAAGCUGGCAUGCCGCGUAAGAGCAAACUACCGAAGCCCCUACCGGACGGCUUUAACCUGGCCGACAGCGAGAAGAAGCGCUGGAGGCUGGGCAGACUCAUCGGUCAGGGCGGCUUCGGGCUCAUAUAUCUAGCCUCCCAGGAUGUGGACUCAGCUGUUGCAGAAAACACCGGCUUUGUCAUAAAAGUGGAGUACCAGGAGAACGGCCCCCUGUUCUCAGAGCUCAAGUUCUAUCAGAGGGCAGCCAAGGCGGAGAUCAUAGAACAAUGGAAAAAUAGCAAGAAGUUGAGCUUCUUGGGCAUACCAACCUACUGGGGAUCAGGGCUAGCUGAACACAAUGGACUCAGGUACCGCUUCAUGGUCAUGGAGCGGCUGGGCGGAGACCUCCAGAGAGUGUCAGAGUGCAACAGGGGUCAAAUGAAGAGGGCCACCGUGCUCCAGAUUGGUCAGAGGCUGUUGGAUGUGCUGGAGUAUAUCCAUGACCAUGAAUACGUCCACGCAGACAUCAAAGCUGCCAAUCUAAUGCUGGGUUACACAGACCCGGAGAAGGUCUACCUUGCAGACUACGGCCUGGCUUACAGGUACUGCCCUGGGGGAAUACACAGGGAGUAUAACAAGAACCCCAAGAAGGGCCACAACGGCACCAUGGAGUACACCAGUCUGGACGCCCACCUUGGAGUUGCACCCUCUCGGCGUGGGGACCUCCAGGUGCUGGGGUUCUGUUUGCUCCACUGGCUGUGUGGCGCGCUGCCUUGGGACGGCAUGCUGACCAACCCUGCCCAGGUCCAAGGAGCCAAGGAAGUACUGAUGAAUAAUCUGCCUCGCUCGGUCCAGCAGCUGUCUGCUAGUGGAUCAUCUACGGACGAGGUAGCGAGGUUGCUCCUGUACGUCAAAUCCCUAGGGUACCAGCAGCGGCCAGACUACCAGAUGCUCAGGGACCUGCUGGGCAGCGGCGUUCAGGGAAGGCUCGACUUCUCCAGGCCCCACGGACGCCCAGCCGCUGGGACCCGUGGAGGAUCCCCUUCCACGGGGCAAGAUGGGAACAUCAAAAAGACCACCCAAACCUGUGUCGUUGGAUGAAGAAGAGGAUGGUGCGAAAGGGGAUGUGACGAAGACCAAACCAAGUGGGGUCAAACAAGGAACAGUUGCUAACAGCCCACGGACUGAACAAAAGGGGAGGACCUCCAGAGGAACUUCGAAGCCUGAAGCCAUGGAGCUGAAGGAGGAGGAGCUGGCAAGGAAGACCAAACCCAUUCCCUCUCAAUAUCUAAGAGGACCACCAGCAAGUAGGCCUGAGGCAUCAGGAACAGCUGCGGUUAGGCGAUCAUCGAGAGCCAGGUCAGUGCCGGCUGGGUUUUAUGAAGAAGAUUAUGAAAGUGAAGAGGACGAAGAGGACUGGGAGAAAGAGACCAUUCCCAUUGCUGCUUGCCACCUCAGAGGGCCCCCCAUCGGCCCAAGACCAGAGCAGACAUCUGCGGUGAGGCCAAGACACUAGAAGACCCCGGCCGUCACAAAACAUUACUGCCUAAAAUCAGUAUACGUCUGUACCCCUAGUGUAUGUAUUCCAUUGUGUGUGUGUGGAGUUCUGUGAGAGUGAAAAAAAAGGUUGUCAAUCAAAGACGGUUUGAAUUUAUAACAUAUAGUAUUUAAUAUUAUAACAUUUGAAGUUAUUUAACCCACAUAGAUGCGUAGCAAUACGUUCUCAACUAAUUAAAUUCAUUGAAAAAUAAAUAAUGCUUUUUGUUGUGAUUAUUAAACGUUGGAAAACAUUGCGUCCAUCAAAAUGAACCAGGGUGUCAAACUGGUUAUCUCAAUUCAACAGACAACACUCCACACCGGAAGAAGGGCAGACGUCCGGUACGUCUGCACGAAACCCCUGACAGUGAGCACAGCCCGGAGGCACGUACACUUCCUCGAUCCCCUCCCCCACGGAGGGGGGAGGGGCCGAGGCAUCCUGGAGUGGGAGGAGCCAUCUCCCAGGGUCCCCAGAGAGGAGCCCGGUGUCAAUUUGAUAGCGAGGACCAUCUGGAGGAACAUGUUUGUCUGCGGCACCGUUUUCGCAACCCUCUUUUUUGUCUUAGUUUGUGUUGAGACACUGAGGUGACGCGCACAACCGUAAUACAAAUAUGAAUCACUAGAGCUGGAUUGUGUGGGCCGUCCUGCCCGUGGCUCCCAUGUAGUAAUGUUGGUUGGAAUGUGGUGGAAGACGGAAGAGGAAUCCUCAACCUCAGGAUAGUGGUGCUGCCAUCUUUACAGUGAUUGGCUGAAACACAAGCGAAAACAUAAUUUUUGUUUGAGUAAAGGGUAUCCUAACAAGAGGCUCUUUUAUAAAACAUCUGUAGUUGGAUUUGUUGACACUGAAGACUACCCAAUACAUCGGAGCACAAUGCCACUCUCAAGGUGCUGACAAACAUGCGUUUAACGGUGCAUCACUCUCAGGUGAAAGGGUUGACAAAACAGUUAUUGAUGUAUGCAGGUGCUCAGGGCACACUCACAAAGAGACUGUCACUAUUCUAUAUGCCAGUGUUCAUCAACCAGUUUUGUACUGCAGGUAGCACGUAGGAUGUCAUUCUUGAAAUAUACUUUACUUACAAUAUUAGAAAAAUAAGGGAGUAGUUUUUCAUAGUAAUGUCUUCCAUUCAUGUUUCUUAUGGAUUUGUGUUUGCAAAAUAAACACACUUGCAGCAUUAGCA